AGUCCAACAAAGGGACAAAUUAAGUUUUCUAAGGUCUAUCCUUUUUCUUCAAGAAUCCCCAGAGGCACCAAGAUUCCAUCUAAGAGCAGCUCCUUCUCAACCCAAUGCAUUUCUAAGAGGCUAGAAGUAGCCAAGUUUCUAGUCUCCGUUCCAACUCUUGCGUGACAUAUCCUACAAAUGCCAGAGGAACUUCCUUUUUUUGAGGUGGUGGCUGCUCAGCUUACUCCUAAGACAGUAGCAUCAACUCCUGUCAGGAGAGAAACAGUUGCCAAAUUGAAGGUUGCAAUCAAUGGAUUUGGACGCAUUGGUAGAAACCUCCUUCGGUGCUGGCAUGGCCGGGAAGACUCACCCCUUGAUUUGGUUGUUGUUAAUGACAGCGUUGGUGUCAAGAAUGGAAAAGUCAAAACUGUGGAUGAUACAACCAUUAGUGCUGAUGGCAAGCCAAUUAAGGUUGUCUCUAACAGGGAUCCUCUCAAGCUUCCGUGGGCUGAUCUUGGCAUUGAUAUUGUCAUUGAGGGAACAGGAGUUUUUGUGGAUGGCCCUGGAGCUGGGAAGCACAUUCAAGCUGGUGCUAAGAAAGUUAUCAUCACUGCUCCAGCAAAAGGUGCAGACAUUCCAACUUAUGUUGUUGGAGUCAACGAAGGUGACUACUCUCACGAGGUCUCAAACAUCAUAAGUAAUGCCUCUUGCACCACAAAUUGUUUGGCCCCUUUUGUGAAAGUCAUGGAUGAAGAAUUGGGAAUUGUCAAGGGAACAAUGACAACCACCCAUUCAUAUACUGGAGAUCAGAAGGCUAAAUUGUUGCUUGCAAUUGUGCAAAGACUCUUGGAUGCUUCACACCGUGACUUGAGGAGAGCUAGGGCCGCAGCAUUGAACAUAGUGCCAACAAGUACCGGUGCAGCCAAGGCUGUCUCUCUUGUACUACCCCAGCUGAAGGGCAAGCUCAAUGGUAUUGCACUCCAUGUACCAACACCAAAUGUUUCAGUGGUUGACCUUGUUGUGAAUGUUGAGAAGAAGGGGAUUACAGCUGAGGAUGUCAACGCUGCCUUUAGAAAAGCAGCUGAAGGGCCAUUGAAGGGCAUAUUGGCCAUCUGUGAUGUUCCUCUUGUGUCAGUGGAUUUCAGGUGCAGUGAUGUUUCUUCUACCAUUGACUCUUCACUAACCAUGGUAAUGGGAGACGACAUGGUUAAGGUGGUGGCCUGGUAUGACAAUGAAUGGGGAUACAGCCAAAGGGUCGUUGACUUGGCGCAUCUUGUGGCAAGCAAGUGGCCUGGAAUGCCUGCUGCAGGAAGUGGUGAUCCCUUGGAGGAUUUCUGCAAAUCAAACCCUGCUGAUGAAGAAUGCAAAGUUUAUGAAGCUUAGAUCAUUCCAAUUUUCUUCUUAGGAUGAAUGCUGUAAUAACCAGGUUUUCAGAAAUUCUUAUUUUAUAAUGACAGUUGAUUCAUCAUGAACAGAAUAAUCUUUUGAAAUAGCC